UGGGUCUACCUGAGGCACAUGCUCAUACCGUGGCAGUCUAGUAUAAAAAAAAAGCUGGUCCAUUAAGGCAGCGUAGGAUACUGAGGUGACGGCCAUGAUUCUGUAGUGCACUUCUUCAGUAUUUCGAACAAUCAGGUCUUCCUUUCAUCCUAAAGGGAAACUCUAAUUUUUGGUACUGCAGAAGUUCUCUCUCGAACUUCUUCACCAAAAAUCUAAGCCAUCAGCCAACCCAUCUGGAAGCUUGAAGGGAAAAGGGCUCAGUGAAGAAGCCCACAUCCCAAAAGGGCAGGAAUUAUGAUAUGAUGCAGACUCUGUGAGGGUUCUGUAAAGUAAAAUUCUUGUAUCCCUUUUGCUAUUAUAAAAGCUGGAACUCAGCACUUCUAUAAUUCACAUUCUCAGUGUUCUGUGUUUGGGGAGAGAGAAAGACCCUAGUCCCUAGAAAAAGGCACUCACAGGAGACAGGCCACUUGUAGUGGGCACUGCGCUGCCCGUGCUGCGGCAAGAACUAGAGCAGGAGGGAAGGGAACCGGGGAGGGGAAGGGGAAAAUCUUUUUGGGUUUUCGAGAUAUUCUCCAUUGCAAGCUCGGGAGAAUACGUUUUAGCCGUUUGGGCAAUUGGGUGUUUCGUCUUCCUGCUCUGCUGUCAAAGAAAAACAGUCUGCUGGAAUUAGCCAGAUGCCUACGCCCCUUCUGCAACGUGGUGUGCAUGAAUAGAUAAAGGCCAUUCGUUUUGUACAUAUCCGCACCACCAUUUAUGUCGUAUUAAUCCAAGGUGUCAGGACUCCUCAGCCCUCUGCUUGAUUUUGGUGUUAACACUCCAAAAUUUCCAUUAAGAGCAUCCCCUGACAAUCUCUGCAGUUUUAUAAGACGGUGGUAGUGAUAAAUUUUGAAGAUACCGCUUCACAUUUGGCGAUCACGAAUUUGACGAGCCCUGCAUCUUUUGCAGCUCAGAGAAACGCGGGAGAGGGGGUUUAAGAUGGGGAGCGGUGGGAAGAGUCCAUCUGUGAGGGGUUGUGGCCACAAGGGAGUGGCGAACAUGGGGGGUAGGUAUCUGGUAUGCCUUUCCCUGGUGAUGAAUGUUGUUCUUCUGACGAGCUUGGUGUAUGGAAGAGGCCAUGUGAGGAAGAAGGGAAGGGAGAUGGUGGCGGGUAAUCAGAUCUGUCUCCAGGAAAGGGAUGGUUCUGGGGAGGAAGAGCACGCCAAAUUUUGCAGAGCAGCCGGGAAGGCCUCUUCCUGUAACAACAGCAGCAGCUCUCUUCCUGCCUCCCCUGCGAAGCUGCCGUCUGAUGCUAUCAUCAAUCUGGACCAUGGAGAUCCGAAGCUGUUCGAGGCGUUCUGGAGAGAUGCAGUGGGGAAGAGGGGCGACACUUUCAUACCCGGGUGGCAGGCGAUGAGCUACUUCUCCACCAACGCCGCCGGCACCGUCUGCUGGUUCCUGGAGCCCUCCCUGGAGCAGGAGGUUCGCCGCCUUCACCGCCUGGUCGGCAACGCCGAGGCAGCGGCCGACCGUCACGUCGUCGUCGGGACCGGUUCCACCCAGCUCUUCCAGGCAGCACUCUACGCCCUGUCCCCUCCCGACGCCCCCCAUCCCGUCAGCGUCGUCUCCGCUGCGCCCUUCUACUCGUCGUAUCCUUUGGUCACCGACUACCUGAAGUCAGGGAUCUACAAAUGGGCUGGAGAUGCAUAUGCUUUUAAUGAAAUUCCAAGGCAUGAGCGUGGGCCUUACAUUGAAUUGGUGACUUCACCUAACAAUCCUGAUGGUUUCAAGAGGGAGCAGGUGGUUGAAGGAAAUGAUGGGAAGUUGGUCUAUGAUCUUGCUUACUAUUGGCCUCAGUAUUCUCCUAUAAUAUCCUCCAUCGAUGCUGACAUUAUGCUGUUUACAGCCUCAAAAAGCACAGGACAUGCUGGAACCAGGAUUGGGUGGGCGUUGGUGAAAGACAAAGAAGUGGCAAGAAAGAUGACAAAAUUCAUAGAACUGAACACCAUUGGAGUCUCCAAGGAUUCGCAGAUAAGGACAGCCAAAAUCUUAGGUGCAAUCUCUGAUGCUUACGAGCGUGAAACUGCUCCUGAAAGUGAGAAGUUCUUCCAUUACAGUAGAGAUUUGAUGCGCCAAAGAUGGAAGUCUCUAAGGGAUGCUAUCGAAUUUCGUGGAAGAUUCAGUUUGCCAGAAUUCCCAACAGAAUUCUGCAAUUUUUUUGGGGAGGAGGGUUCAUCCUACCCAGCAUUUGCAUGGGCUAAGUGCGAAGCAGAAGAGGUUGAUGAUUGUGCUGCAUAUCUGAAGGCCAACGGAAUCUUGACAAGAAGCGGCAAGCACUUUGGUGUAGACCCCAAGUAUGUAAGAAUAAGCAUGAUGGAUAGGGAUGAUGCGUUCAACUUGUUCAUCGAGCGAAUGUCAAAACUUUGAGGAACCUGCCUCCCUAGCUAAUUGGCAGUUGCGAGUGAUACAUAAAUGCUAAGCAGCGUUUUGCUCUCUCUCUCUCUCUCUCUCUCAUAGAUGCUUUGUUUAUAUAAAGGGAAAUAUGUAGCGGCUCUAAUCAAUGAUAUAUUAAGUACACCUUUCUUCUA